AUGAACACCGUUGUUCAUGUGACUCGCCGGAAAUCUUGUCUCGAGAGGUGGAAGAACUAUCUCAAGCUGGGCAUCAAGAAAGGCUCCCUCACCCAAGAGGAGCAGUCUCUCGUCAUCCAUCUUCAGGCAAAGCACGACAACAAACGAAAAAAGAUCGCAGCUGAGGUCCCCGGCCGCACUGCCAAGCGUCUAGGGAAGUGGUGGGAGGUCUUUAAGGACAAGCAGCCGCGCGACCACAAGGAUAACAACAAGGAGGCCCUCGACCCCAUACUCGACUCCAAAUACGACCACCUCUUGGAGACUUUUGGUGAGAAGCUCUUGAAUUCCAUCACAAUGCCGCCAACUCCCAAUGGUGGUGGCACAUUCCUUCAACACACCGAUCCGUCCCCUGCUCCCUUGUCUUGGGAAGUCGUGUGGAGAGAAGAGAUUUUAGAGAGGGCUUAUCUUGUUCAUUCGAUUUUUUAG